CUUUACUGCUGCUGGAAAGCAGGAAAGUACCGUAUAUGGGCGCCCAUUGGUAUUAGUAAUAAGAACUGUUUAUUUAAACCUCAGAUAAAACUGAUAAUAGCAAAACAAAAGUACCUUAGAAAUGCUAUCCACUGCGAGGCAAGGCACUACAACUCCCAGUAAUCAUUGCGAGAGCCGGGAGAACGUUGGCCCGGGCGGGAGGAGGGCGGGAGCUUGUGUUACUGGGUUUCCGGAGCUGCGGGAGUCGGUGUUGUAAGCGGUAUUGGAACGCACGUCGUGGGAGCCGGGAAAGCCGAGGGAUCGGGGAUCCUAGCUCUCGAUGCGUCAUCCCGUUCCAGCGCCAUGCACAGGAGACAUCUCCAGGAAAUUCCAGAUUCAGGCAGCAACGUCACCACUGCUUUCACAUGGGAAUGGGAUCCCAGCAAAACCUCGGAGCUGCUCUCAGGCAUGGGAGUGUCUGUUCUUAAGGAUAAGCUAGGCAACGAGAACACCCCCCAGGAGCUGCUGAUGUGUGUGGGGCCACCCCCCAAACGGCAGAAAGUGAAGGACAAAGAAUUUGUGAUUGCACGUAGACCUAGGCUGCUUCGAGGGGCAACAACAGGUGUUUCUUGGGAUUCAUUGCCCGAUGAACUGCUCUUGGGAAUCUUUUCAUAUCUAUCCUUAAUAGAUCUGCUAAAAGUUUCCCAGGUUUGCCGGAGGUGGCAUCGACUUUCGGUUGAUGAGUCGCUCUGGCAGACUCUCGAUCUUGCAGGUAAAAAUUUAUUGCCAGGAGUGAUUGGACAGUUGCUGCCCUUGGGUAUAACUGCCUUCCGUUGCCCCAGGUCCUGUGUUGGCCAUCCUUUCUUUAAAACAAGCAGACCUCUUCCAGUACAACAUAUGGAUCUGUCAAAUUGUACAAUUAAAGUUGCAGAUCUUCAAAGUAUUCUUGACAGGUGCCAGGAUCUACAGAACCUGAGCUUGGAAGGACUUGAGCUUUCCAACGAUAUAAUGAAAAAUAUAGCACAGAACCCCAGCUUGGUGCGUCUAAACCUCUCUGGAUGCUCUGGAUUCUCUGCAGAACCCUUGGAGGCAAUGCUGAACAGUUGUUCCAGAUUGGAAGAGCUAAACUUGGCCUGGUGUGACUUCACAGUUGAUCACGUGAGAGCAGCAGUCAGUCAUAUUCCUCCAAAAGUAAUACAGCUAAACCUCAGUGGAUACAGACAGAAUCUACUGAUGUCAGAUAUCAAAAUAUUAACUGAAAGGUGUACCAGUCUAGUCCAUUUAGAUUUAAGUGACAGUGUUAUGUUGAAGCCCGAGUGCUUUCAGUACUUCCACCACCUCACUUACGUUGAAAACUUGGGUCUUAGUCGAUGCUAUCAGAUACCUCCUGCAGCCUUACUUGAACUUGGUGAACUAGCUACACUCAAAACGCUCCAAGUUUUUGGAAUAGUGACUGCCAGCUCCCUUCAGCUCUUAAAGGCAACACUUCCUCACAUAAAGAUCAACUCCUCCCAUUUUACACCUAUUGCAAGGCCCACCAUCGGCUGUAAAAAGAAUGAACAGAUUUGGGGAAUCCAGUGCAGACUGAGCUUGAAAAGUCCAGUUGGUUUUUAAGUUGGCUUGGAAGACAUUUUAGCUACUAGAAACAGCUGUGAUAGUUCCUCAAAGCCUGGACUGUGGAGUUGUUAACUGUUUUAAUUUUGGACUCAGUUUGUGUACAAGUGCUGUCAAGCGGUUUACCAAUCGUACUGUUUGUCUUUCAAAUAUAUUUUCUACUGAAGUUUAUCAAAAACAUGCUAAUCAUGUACAAAUAGUUGACAUUAAGCAACAUGCAUCCCCCUGCUUCUGGAAACACUAAGAACAAGCUAAUUGUGGUUUUUAGAUAUUAAAACUCUCAGACUUUUCAUACACA